AUGGGUUGGUUCUGGGCAGACCAACCGAAACCCAGUGCGCCACUGGUUGCGCCGCAUCCAAUACCACAUCCUGCGGCCACUCCUCCGGCAGCAUGUCCCAUGCACAAGCCAGACUCAAAAGUGACCAGUACACCAUUCCUUCCACGCGCGGAUCAAUCCUCAUGCCCUGUAAAAUCCCCCAACUACCCGCUUCUCCAUCAACCCGUAUCCGAUAAGUCACAAUCCUCAGAACCACAAAAGGGAAACGAGCAACCGUCCCGGACAUCUCUCACACUUGCGAAACUGAAUCCGUUGAACUACAUGCCCUCGCUAUCGAAUGCCCGCCCAUCCGACUCGCCGCAAGAAAUAACUCUGCCACUGGAGCGAGAAGUCUCGUCCAUCCCGCGUGGCGACGCCGACGCGAACUGGGAAUACCCGUCUCCGCAGCAGAUGUACAAUGCGAUGCUGCGCAAAGGAUACACCGACACUCCCGCGGACGCCGUCGAGUCCAUGGUCGCCGUACACAACUUCCUCAAUGAAGGCGCCUGGAGGGAGAUCGAGGAGUGGGAGCAAGUCUUUGGCAAGGGCCUCCUGAAUGCCUGGCAGAUAUGCAGUCGCGGCGAACGCGGCAUUGCGAUGGAACGCGCAAAGCGUGAAUAUCUCGCCCAGCACAGGGAGGCGCUGGGGCUGCCCGACCCGGAGGAGGAGUCUCGUCCCAAACUUGUUCGGUUCAUGGGCCGUCCGGGCGAACCGACGCCCAAAGCCCGCAUUCUCUCGGCUUUGGGGUACGUGAUGCCCGAGAAGUUCGGCGGCGAGCCUCCCUUUGAUCGUCAUGAUUGGUAUGUUGCGCGCAAAAUGCCCGAUGGCUCUGUCAAGCAGGUCCGCUAUGUGAUCGACUAUUACAGUGGCGGUGUCCAGGACACCGGCGAGCCUGUCUUCUACUUGGACAUCAGACCCGCUCUGGACACGCCGACGGCCGCAGUCGAGCGGGCGAUGAGAUGGGGCGGCGACCUCUGGCAUCGGGCAAGCGGCGGUGUUGCUAGGGAGGAAGGCGCCCGGAGGAAGGGUUCGAACGGGAACGCCAGCUCAUAG